CUGAACCAACCUGUGCAAGAAAGAAGAAUACGUAAGCCAGUGCGCAAGCACAACUGCCACUACUGCUACGAGUGGUCGAAGGUCCAUCCUGAUGCAGCGGCUACAGGCCGGUGAUGACCAUUCCCUGCAAGUUCUCACGGCUGCUUCUCUGCGUCACGACUUGUGUCGGCGUCUACGUUGUCUUCGUGUGGUACCUGCCCAUGUCCUUCAUUGGCCACCGCGUAGACGUCGGACUCACGGAGGCGCUCAGCUGUGACCCCUCCGUCACCGCACCCACGCGGAACGCUGAGUCCGAAACCAGGAAGAAUCCGAGGUCACCAUCCAAGCGCAUUUUCACGAAGAAUCGAUUAGAAAGUGGCCGUCACACGUACGCUUUCCCCUACAUCUUGAACAAGCCCGAUUUGUGCUCCAAGCCACCGUCGACGGCCGUUCUCAUAGUUGUCAUAACGAACUCCAUCAACUUCGCGCAGCGCAACGCCAUCCGUAGCACCUGGGGCGAUGCGGCCCGCCGCCGGGGCUACAAGGUGAUGUUCCUAGUGGGGACACCCAAACUGAAGCCGUUCCAAACGAACAUAGCGUACGAAGAUUCGCAAUAUGGAGACAUGGUUCAAGCUGAUUUCGUUGACUCAUACCGGAACCUGACGCUCAAGUCAAUCACCAUGGUUCGAUGGGCCAGCGCCUACUGCUCCAACGCCAGCCUCGUGCUCAAGAUCGACGAUGACAUGCUGCUGAACGUCUGGGACCUGGCGGCUCGGGUUCGAACCCUCAGCCGGGUCAAGAGGACGCUGUGGGGUCUGCUGGCGCAGAAGUGGACGCCCCAGAGAAAUCCCCGGAGCAAGUGGUACGUGUCCUCCAGGGCGUACCGGAGCUCUUCGUACCCGGACUUCCUGGCUGGACCAGCGUACCUCCUGUCUGGAGACAGCGUGCCACUCCUGGCGUGGGGCAGCUCCGGAGUGCCCUACCUGUACUUAGAGGACGUCUUCCUAACGGGUAUUGUGGCCGAGAAGGUUGGCGUCCGCCGAGUGCACGAUGAAGGUUUCCUCAACUACAGGAAGCUCUUUACACCGUGUACCAGGCCCCGGAUCCUCACGAGCCAUGGGUACACACCGCUGUACUUGAAGCACACCUGGCGGGCGCUCUUUGCCGGUGCCGAGAGACGGACCUGCGACGAUGGCACGCCUGUGGACGGUGACGUAGGGAACGACACGGAAGUGAAAGUGAACGUUGAAGUGCUGGGCCGUGAUUAAUUGGCCGGGAAACGCCAUACCCACUUGUGUCACUAGGGGUGGGGAUUACACUCACGAAGGAAGAACUCAGCAGUUAUCGGAAAGUGCUCGAAAUAACGGAGGAAGGAAAGAGCAGGUCACACAAAAAGUAAAGAUCAUUGCUUUAUGAGCAAAAGUUACGGCGUUUCAAACGCUCUUUUUCCUCCUGUUUAAGAUAGAUGCGAACGUUUAAUUUUAGACUGUGAUUGCAGUCGACGUGCAUGCCGACAGCUGGGACGGUCGAGGAAACUCGGCGGCAACAUCGACGAAAAACGCGGGCAAAAAAAAAGGUUAAUCGUUUUAGUACAGGACAUUAAUGACAAAGCGUCGAUUCUCGCAUUCGUCAAGAGACUCGAUAAACGCGAAUGGUGCCUCAUUGAUGGAGCUUAUUACGAUGUGUUGGCGCUUUCAUCGCGCUACCAUGUUGUUUAACUCAUCGAACCAAUUUGUAGAAAAGAGGCAUGGUGAGUUGUGGCGUGAGAAAAUACAGUUGGUACUUAAGAAUGUAUUUUGUUUGCACUAGCUGUAAGUGACAAUGCAGAUUUACAGAUAGGACAAUGUAAGUGGGGCAGAUCAACGUAGCUUUAAGGGAGAAGACUUCGUCGAACGAGAAUAUGAAAUGGAUUUAGUGUCUGGCACACUCCACAGGGGAGGGGGUUCAAAAGCUCAAGGGCUAUGCUGCUAUAAAAAUACCUGGAACUUUUCACCAGUCCGGUACUUCUAUCUUUAUCAAGAUGAAGACAAGUACCCGUCAAAGAACGUUCUUUUGCCAUAUCCAACACAUCUGCCCAUCACUUAUAGCGAUGAGCACAGGUAGCCAGGCAGCCUGCAGAGCCCUCUCCACGACAGGUGACAUUCUGGACGCGUAUGAGUGCCUACUAACGAUACACUUUGAUGUCCACUCAUUCAGCUAUUUUGGGAUAUAGUGAAUACCGGGUCAUUUAACUCUGGGAUCAGAGAGAAUGGAGUAGCACACGCCGUAUCGCUUGUAAGUCUCCUGGUCCUCCCUUGUGGUGGCUGGAUUCACUGAAGUGACGCGCAAUACUUUCUCUUGCAAGUUUCGACAGGCGCGCAAGGUUAGAUGAAAUGCGUAACAAUUGCAGAGCUUUGCCAUAUCCACCCCAAUCUCUCGGGAGAGGCGAGACAGUCCUGCUACUCGUACUCAUGCGAACUCAUUCUUUACUGACUCCUCUCACUCAGUACUACUUACAAGGGAAGAAUAGGUCUCCCGCGUGAUCGGCGGUUAUCCAGUUAACACCCCCAAUUUUUUUAGAUUGGCCGGGUAGUCUUAUAACCAGGGGUAAGUGCUUUGGGUGAAUAUCCACUAAAGUAAGACCAACGAUCCUUGAAGAGUGGCUGGCGGGCUCCUUCCCAGACAUCUUGAAGGCACAAGUCAAACAUCUGGAUCCUGUCUAAUGACUAGCACUUCAUUUUGCUUUUUUGUG